AUGUCUCUCAACAACAAGGCUGCGCUGCAGCAGGACCGGGUUGAUUCUCUGGCCAACAUUGAUCAAAGACUCACGCCUGAGGCACUUCAGGCGAUGUCUCUCGAGCAAGCCAUGGCCCAGUUGGCUUUAGUCAAUAGAACCGUCGACCGUAUUGAGGCCUUGCACGAACGCAUUUACGAGGAGCACGAAGAAGUGCUCGAACAUGAGUACCACACCGCUCAGGUCUAUCAACGUGGUGCAACGCUGUACGGGAGCCUGCAGACCCGCUUGGAGGCCAAGGUGAACUCCCUGAAGGCAGAGGCGACACCUAGGCAUGCAGAUGCUACACAAUUUUUCGCGACUGGGCCAUCCUCUACUAAAUUGCCUCACAUAAAACUACCGACAUUCGACGGGGAUUAUACGAAAUGGCGUGGGUUUAGGGACUUAUUCACCACCCUCAUAAUUGAUGCCGAACAACUCACUGGGGCACAGCGCAUGUCCUACCUCAAGACACAACUCAAGGACGAUGCACUGGCACUCAUCGCAAACGUGCCUCUCACAGACGAGGCAUUCCCUGCUGCUUGGGAUCUCCUCGUCGCGCGUUAUGAUAACCCUCGUCGGCUUCUCAACACCUACUUGGAGGAACUCCUCACCACAGAGCCAGUGCCUAAUCACUCGGCACCUCAGCUAAACGCACUUGUAUUACAGACACAGAAAAUUAUCGAUGCGAUGGGAACCUUGCGAGUCUCCAUUGCGGACUGGGACCCUAUCCUGGUUUUCGUCACCCUCAGACGUCUGGUACCAGAACUUAGGGAGGAGUGGGAGAGUACCCUGGGCAUCUCGAAUGAGCUGCCGGCGUACCAGAAAUUACAAGACUUCCUCAUCGGAAAGGUACGCGCUUGGGAGAUCAGCGCCAUCGGAGUCACCUCAAGACCAACCUCACCCAAGGAGGACAAGGCUUCAACCUCCAAGCUGCUAAAAACCUCUGGCAAGCCCCCAAACACACGGUCACCCUCACAUUCCAGCAAGACUGCAAGUACCCCCUCUGGUUCCACCGCUCAAGUAUACUAUACACCUAAAGAGGCUACAGAUGAACCUGGCAUCUGCCAACUGUCGCCGUACUAUGGUUCAAGAUCACCGACUGUGCUGGAAUUGUUUGGGACGCCACCGCUCACAGGACUGCCGCACCACUACAAGAUGUCGCCACUGUGGCAACAAGCACCACACGGCCAUCCACGAAGAAUCUCGGGCUAA